CUCGAGAUGUGUGAAUAGUGAUAUUAAUGACGCUUCCAGCAGACGGCGGCACGAGCUUCCGUUCUGACGCGAGCGCACAGGAAACACAGGACCUGUCAACUUCCGGCAGCCAUAUUGCGGUGAUACAGCGAGUUUUGGUGAGACAGCUCAAGAUGAUUUCUGCUCAGGCUUGUGGAGCUAACGGAAAGAUGAAGGACUAUCACUACUCGGGUCCAGUGGAGCACAAGUUCUCUCCUUACGCCUUCAACGGAGGGACUGUGCUGGCGGUGGCUGGAGAAGACUUCGCUCUCGUGGCCUCAGACACACGCUUGAGUGAAGGAUACAGCAUCCACAGCAGAGACUCCCCCAAGUGCUACAAACUGACAGACACCACUGUGAUUGGCUGCAGUGGUUUCCACGGCGACUGCCUGACGCUCACCAAAAUCAUCGAGGCGAGACUGAAGAUGUACAAGCAUUCAAACAACAAGAGCAUGACGAGCGGAGCUAUCGCAGCCAUGCUGUCCACCAUCCUGUACGGCAGGCGCUUCUUCCCCUACUACGUCUACAACAUCAUCGGGGGGCUCGACGAGGAGGGUCGAGGUGCUGUUUAUAGCUUCGAUCCCGUCGGCUCUUACCAGAGAGACACGUAUAAAGCGGGCGGCUCUGCGAGUGCAAUGCUUCAGCCGCUUCUGGACAACCAGAUUGGAUUCAAGAACAUGGAGAACGUGGAGCAGGUUCCUCUGUCCCAGGAGAAGGCCGUGCAGCUGGUGAAGGAUGUGUUCAUCUCGGCCGCUGAGAGGGACGUCUACACUGGAGAUGCCCUCAAGAUCUGCAUCAUCACCAAGGAAGGCAUUCGAGAGGAGAUCGUGCCCCUCAGGAAAGACUGAGACGUGCCUCAAACCAGCCCGUUUCCCUUCAGUCUGCUGUUCUUUUUAUAUUCCUUCUCAAGAAUAAAUAUGGUGACUGUG